AUGUACAUAAGCGAUCAACGGCCAACAGCAAAGAAGCUUUGGAAGCCACCAGUGCGAAUACUGGAAGUAGGAAUAUUAGGUGCACAAGGGCUUCUCCCUAUGAAGAUGAAGGAUGGUAGGGGAACUACAGAUGCUUACUGCGUGGCUAAAUAUGGCCAAAAAUGGGCUAGAACACGAACUAUUCUCGACAAUUUCAGUCCCAAAUGGAAUGAACAAUACACCUGGGAAGUCUACGAUCCAUGGGUUAAGAUAAUGGGCGAUCUCCAACUUGCAAUUAGAUUCACUAGCCUGUCCCUGGCUAACACGAUAUAUGUUUUUGGGCACCCCUUAUUGCCCAAGAUGCAUUAUUUACAUCCUUUCACAGCCAAUCAAGUAGACAACCUGAGAUACCAGGCUAUGAAUAUUGUUGCUGUGAGGCUCGGUCGACCAGAACCCCCAUUGAAAAAGAGGCCGCACGAUGCUGUUCGAAUGAGUUAUGAUAGGCUAAGAAGUGUAGCAGUGGUUCUUUAUGCCACUCCAUUUCGAGUUGUGGCUUUUGUAGCGGGAUUGUAUAUUCUACGGCAUCCCAGAUUAAAAAUAGAGCACUGGUGUACCAAAGCUACAGAUCAGAUUGCUGGAUCUUCCUGGGAUGAACUCCAAUACACGACAAGCUGUAGCUUUUUCUGGUGA